AUGCACCCCGCAAUGGAUCGGCUUGUCAAAACGUAGGUUCUACAGUAAUCUACAAAAGUUGUCACAGCUUUUCUUUCACCCUUUUCAGUCAUAAAUUUGAUAUUAUACUUUUUAGAUGUUUUCGAGCGGUGUCUUAUUACCCAGAAUACGCAGUCUUAAUAUAUUUCAUGGUAUCAUUCUUAACCACAGGAAUAUCCCUUCAUUUUGGGAUGAGUAUUGUGUCCACUGAUCCCCAAGAAGUAAGUCUAAUUUAUUUGAAUUCCCAUGAAUUUUUAAGGGAUUUGAAACUCGAGGGACCCAGAUGUCCAAAGAAAGGGCCCUUUUACAACUUUUGGAUGAAAAAAGCAAAACAAGGAUAUCGACCAGAACAAAAAGAGAAUCUGGAGAUGGCUCCGGAGGCCUUGAUUACAAUGAUUACGGUAACCAGCCGAUCGGAAUCAGUGACAUUACCAGUGGAUGCGAACAGUAUUACGCUCUCGGGCGCUUCUUUCCAACAAAUUUGGUCGAUUUAAUGGCCAAAGCAAUCUUUGAAGUCGAUUCUUUCGACAUUGUAAGUAUUAAUGCUACUGCUUAAAAAUUUUUUUGCGAAAAAAGAAUUUUUAUGAGAGCUUGAACAAAAUUUGACAAUGAAAUGUUUUCUCUUCGGAUUUUUUUGGAAAAUUUGAAAAAUUUUUUGAAAUUUUUUCGGUUCGGGGACAAUUUUUUUUACAGAGUAAGGUAAAAAUGUUAUUUUUAGAAUUUUUUAGAUAAAUCGUUGAUUUGAGGGGUAGUUGUGUUUUCUUUUCAUUUUUUUAAGAAAACAGUGAUUAUAAGCAACAAGCAAAUAAGAAAAUUGUAUCCAUUAUUUAUGCCUUUAACUGGAAGCACCGGAUUAAGCAUAGACGAGGUGGAAUAAGAAGAUAGUCGUAAUGAUUGCAUGCAAUUAACAAGUAAAUCCCUCCAUUUCUUUUUGUCCGUCCCGAAACGAAAACGUUUCAUUUUGUUGAAGUUCUCCAAAAAAAAAAUCGUUCUUUUCUACUCCCCAAGCGAAAACAUUUCAAAAUUCGUCAGGUACACUGUUCAGACCUAAUCCCUCGAUUACCAAUAAAACGGUUUCGUUGACCAAAACUCGUUGACCCGAACUCCCUGACUCAAAACGCCGUAGCGCCAAUAUUGACCCCACUUAAAUUCAUUUCAGUUAUUUACAUUGGAAACUCUUAAAAAAUUAUGCAAAUUGGAUGGGUUUAUAAGGGACGUCAACGGAAGAUUCGGCAAGAAAACAGAACUUCCGUUCACAUUUAAUCUCCCGCAUUACACUUUAUGUAUGAACUCGUCUUAUACCAAGAACUGUGAGGAUCUACGCCAGCCGGAGUAAGUGCAAAAUUAAUAAUAUACUCGUUCAGUAUCGAUAAAUUCAAAAAACAAGUAAUCGAAUGUGAAAAUAAUGAUGACAAAACGUCAAUCUGUCAAAGUAACCUGGGUUUACAACUUCGGAAUUACAUCUUGGAAAAAGAUAUUUCAAUUCACAAGUCUCCCAUUUACAUUGCAGCCAUUUUAAAUGUAGGUGAAAGUAAAUACGAUUACUUUUGAGAUCCCAAUCAGCUCUGGAUAUGAUCUUGAAUAUUACUCGCACAUUUACAGUACUCUUUCUGAGGAGUAUAAAGGUGGUGCUGUAACUUUGAAAGGACUGGAAUUGAAUAUAAAGACCCAAUUCUUUCAACGAGACCUCCUUUUCGAUUGCAUUUUGGCUACAAUCGCGGUUAUCGUAGUGUUUUUGGGAGUGUUACUCCACACUUGGAAUGCAAUUCUUACCGUAACCUCGUUUGUUGGGAUGGUUUUAUCAAUUGGAAUUGGAUUUUGCGUUUAUUUUUUGAUUUUCCAAAUCAAUUUCUUCCCAUUUCUAAACUUAUUAGUGUUCGUUAUAAGCAUUGUAAUUGGAGUCGAUGAUCUUUUUUUACUGUUAACUCAUUACAGGCAUUACAAGAGAUUUGUAAGUUGAUUAUUUUAAACUCUUAUUAAAACAAAAUAAUGUUUACAGUUUGAUAAAAAAGAAGCCAUGUUUUGUGCCCUGGAGCAUUGUGGAAAAGGAAUGUUUGUAACGUCCGUUACAACGGCCGCUGCAUUUAUCAGUAACGUGCAAUCGGAUAUUCUAAUUCUAAGGUCAGUAACAACCCCCUUGCCUGCUUUACCUCUACUUUUAGAUGCUUUGGGAUCUUUGCCAGCCUCACAAUUAUGACCAAUUAUUUAUUCGCAGUAACGGGAUUGCCAGCAUUGAUUUUACUUACUGAUCGAAAGAACUGUGCCAGUUACAAGUUACUGAGUUUAUUCUAUCGACUUCUUCCAUUUAAAAAAAUUAAAUUAUUUUUUAUUUAUCGAUUUCCUCAGUUUGUGUUCGAUGUAAAAAAUCAAAUUGUAAUGGUCGGAGUGCUAUCCUUUGUGAUGAGUAUCCUGAUUACUUUGCAUUACCCUGGCGUCCAAUUACCACAAAAUAAUCCAAUGCAGGUAAAUCGGUAACGAAUUUAAUUAUUUUACAGUUACUCCGACCACAUCAUCCAUUUGAGUGGUAUUCCGAGCACUCUAAUUCCAUGUUUAAUUUUACAUACCAAGGGAAUAGGAAGAUGAAUAUGUAUUUUGUUUGGGGUCUGGAACCGGCAAUGUAAGUAUUUUUGAUAAAAAAACUUGAUGUUAUAUAUAUUCUUUGUACAAAUCCUUUCCAGAGACGUUCCUUUAAUGGAUCCGCGCAAAUUUGGAGAUCUCAGAAUUGACAAAACUUUUAAAAUACAGACUUCAAAUGAUGUACAAUCCUUUAAACAAACCCUCAAGUAUCUGAAAACGAAGUUGCAUCAACCCAAAAAUUCAUUCGAUCUUCCUCUGUGGAUCGAAGAGUUCAAAGAUUUCGUGGAUGAGCAGAAAGAGCCCUUUCAUUUUGAAGAGUUUAUCAAGAAAUUCGUAAAUUACAUUCCCACAUUCAAAUUCCCUGACGAUUUCACGAUGACAGUAAAAGACGGGCCCUUAUUUGAUAUGGAUGACAACUUUAUUGGCUACUUUUUAAUCAUCCCGACCUAUCAUGAUCUCGGUUUUGAUUAUAAAAAUAUCAACCAGUUUAUGAUUACCUUAGACCAAGUAAAGACUGCUCUUCAGAACUCCAAUCACAGCUACAAUCAACCAGUCAUUUCACCCAUCAGUUUUGUAUCAAAAAUGGCCGAUUUAAUGGAUAUAAUGCUCCCAAAUACGCUGAUUUCGGUACUCAUUUCAGUCCUCAUUAGUAUGAUUGUUAUAUUUCUUACAACGUGGGACUUUGAUCUCUCCAUCCUCUCGAUUAUGACUAUUACAAUCACGGUAAUGCAGAUCAUCGCCAUCAUUAUUUUGCUUGGUAAGUGCUGUCUACAGUAAUAGUGAUUACUUUUUAAUUUAGGUUGGAAAAUAAAUGUAGUGGAAGCAGUAAUAAUAGUGAUUACAAUCGGGCUUUCCUUCGAUUACACUUUACAUCUGGCUGUGUGCUUCAAGUCCACUCCCAAAUAUCUCUGUCUUUUGGAAAGAGUUGUGUAAGUUGUCCAAAUUUUCUGUCAAUAUACCCUUGUAAUAUUCCAGUAAAUCGAUGGAGACAAUCUUCAGCCCGAUCUGUCUCUCGGCCCUCACUUCAGCCAUGGCUGGCCUGGUUCUCUUCUGGAGCCGGACCCAGCCUUUUUUUGAGAUCGGAGUCUUUAUGUUCACCAUGGCAUCGAUCAGUUUUCUGGGCGCCAUCUCUUUUUUUGUCGCGCUCAUUUUCUGUUGGCCUUUUUAUACGAAGAGGAGCGUUUGA